AUGCCGCUCGCGUCCUCCGCCGCGCCUCCGACGACCUCCUCCCUCCUCGCGCCGACGCCGCCGUCGACGCGCCGCCGCGUCGUCGUCGUCCGCCGCCCGCGUCCGCGUUCGUCGCCGCGGACGACGACGACGACGACGCGCGCGCACUGGAACGUCGCGCGCACGGGGACGCGCGCGCACUCGCGCGCGCCGCACCAGAUCUCGAUCGCGCUGCCGCGCCCGAUCAGCGACCAUCUCGGCUUCGCGCCGGAGCACCUCCCGGCGCCGCACCGCUACCCGGAGCUCGAGGCGAGGCGUCGUGGCUUCGCCCCUCUCUUUCUCGGUCGCCUCGAGAGGUUUUUUUUUUUGGUCCUUUCUUUCGCGUCGGUCCGCGCUCGCUCACGCGUCUCGCGCUUCCUCGCUCGACGACCCUGCUCACCGGCGGAGUUCCAACGCACGGGCGUCGCGACCGGCGCGGUCGUCGAGCGCGUCGUGCCGCAUCCACCGGGCGUCGCCGGCGGGCUCAUCGAGCCCGGGGACGUCCUGCUGUGGAUCGAAGACCAGACGCGGACGCCGCCGAGGAAGUUCGGCGCGUUCUAUACACUGGUCCCCAUACGACCGCGUCCGCGUGGUGAACGCCGAUCCUUAAGGACUUUGCCCGUCGUCUCUCUCUGCUCAUCCCUCGCUUUCAAUCCCCGCCCUCGACGCCUUUCAACUCCGCUUCUGACGCCUUUGAACUCCACCCCGACAUCGCUUUGUAUGGAACGACCCUUAGUCGAGGAGGACUCCUUCGAAAAGAUACUGGAGUGGACGCGCGAGAGCGUCGGUCCCGACGGGCGCCGGGGGAGCAUGACGCUUCGGUUCGUCCGGUACCCGAUCGACGACAUCGUCCGCGGGGAGUUUCUGGCGUCGCAUCCGGACGCGCCGGGGCACGAGGAGGGCGUCAGCGGGUUGUAUCGUUGA